CAACACCCUUCACCAUGUCGUCGACGUACUCGAUCGAGGAGCUCAUCGCGAUGCCGGUGCUCGAGCGCUACGAAGCGUUCCGGGCGAUCGAGAACGUGGCCGAGCGGCGCGCGGUGACCGCCCAGGUGCACAAGGAGAUCGUGGUCCUCUGGAAGCAGCACCCGCGCUGGGGCGGCAUGGCCGCGCACCUCGUGCAGGACAUCCACCCGUACUACCGGUCGGGCUUCGAGCGCCUCAUGCGUGCGUGCGAGGCCAAGCGCGAGGUCGAUAAGACCAAGUUCCGCCACCUCAACAACAGCCUGCACCACCACCACAGCAUUGAGGACCACGCGUGGUUCCCGCGCCUCAAGGAAGGCCACGAGGAGUUCAUUCCCGAGAUCCGGCAGCUCGAAGCCGACCACCGCAACCUCGUCGUGCUCGAGAAGCGCGUCAUGACCGGCGACUUUGCCGCACUCGCCGAGUUUUACCACGGCCUCAUCGACCAUCUCAACCGCGAAGAGAUGAUCACGGUGCCAUGGCUCCUCGAUGGCACCGGCGCGCUCUACUUUUAAGCACGACCGCUGUAUUAUCUAUAUACCUCGAGACUCUCCGUAUU